ACGCCGGGUAAAGCCGGCCGGGAGCCGGCCCAGCCCCGCCGCCGGCCGUAGCGGGGUGGCCGCGCACCUUCGGGGCGGGCUGCGGCAGGGAGGCAGCGUGGCCAUGGACCUCUACCUGGCCGUGCCGCUGCUCUUCACCCUCCUGGCCCUCGUCCUGGCCUCCGUCUUUGUGAGGCUGCGGGGAACGGGAGGAGAAGGAGGAGGAGGAGGAGGAGGAGGAGGCGGGGAGAGGCUCCGGGAAGCGGGCGCCGAGGAGCCGGGCUCCGGAGCGGAGGCUGCCGAGGGGCCGGAGGCUGAGGGCGGCCGGGUGCCGGUGGAGGAGGUCGGGGCGGGCGACGAGGGGAAGGAGGCGGCCUCCGAGCGGCGGGAGGACAAGGAGAAGGAGAAGGAGGAGGCUGCAGCAGCAGCAGCAGCAGCAGAACGGGGCCCCGAGGCCGAGCCGAGCCCCGCGGAGACCGAGAGCAUCCCCCGGCAGCCUCCCGCCGCCGAGCCCCGGGAGGCCGGGCAGCAGCAGCAGCAGCAGCAGCAGCAGAAGGAGGAGGAGGAGGCAGAGACCAAGGAGGAAGAACCGGACUCAGAAAGUGAGAAGUUGGUGGUGAGAGAGCCGGAGGAUGAGGAUGCUGCAGACGAGACGUUCUCUUUUAAAUACAGUCCUGGAAAGCUGAGGGGAAACCAGUACAAGUCGAUGAUGACCAAAGAAGAACUCGAGGAAGAACAGAGGAUUGAGCUGACCUCUGAUCUCACAUCCCUGUAGCAAGUACCUUAGGUCCUCGGCCACAAACAUUCUUGCAAACCUUUUUGAACUGAAGACUAUAUGAAGUUGUCCCUAGCCUCCUCCUAAAGGCAUCCCUUGGCAUCUUUAAAGGCUUGAGAGAAAUACCAAAACCAACCAAACACACCCAUAAGAGAAAUCCAUAAGCCCUCAAAACUUGGCAUCCCCUCUUGGUCUGAAGUUGAGUUCUUCAAAAAACUCCUGUGGUAUCAAGUUUGAGGAGAUCCUGUUGUGUGGCUCCAGGGACUGGGGCUGGGCCCAGGGAGUGACUUGAGUUGUGUUUGUGGGGCUGGGAUGUCCUAGGAGAUGAACCUUUUUUCCCUCUCCCUCAAACAGAACCCAAAUCGGAUACCAAAUUUGCAGCAAGUCCAUUAGCUGUGUUCAUCACCGUGUGUUAGCCCUGCCGUGAAACCUGUGUUGUUCGUUUAGAGGGGUGUGUGAACCAUAGCUCUUCUCCCAGACCAGCCUGUACCUUAUACCAGACCAUAAAGCUGUUUCUUCCCAGAGCCAAACUCCUCCUCUUUAUUGCUGGGGGGUGGGAGCUGCCUAGGAUUUCAGACAUACAACAUUGCUCUAUUUGAAGGACAAAGCGGGGUCAAAGUGAGGGAGGGAAGAUGGUAGCUGGACCGACUCAAAUCUUGCUUCUGUAGUGCUUUUAGCAGAGAGCUGAUCUUGUAGGUAGAGGGAAGACUCGAGAAGGGAUGAGGAUUGAUAGUUUAGCUGUUCUGUUUGUGGUGGAGGUUUAGGAGACCACGCUUUGGCUGCUGUUGAUAAUCUGGAUUCACACUUCCCUACUCUGGUCCCCAGGGGGAGAGAUCUGAGGAGGUAGCUACGGUGUCAUGGGGUCCCUCUGGCUCAGGAUGAGACUGAGGGGCGUCCUGGAAGAGACACCCUCCCUGUUCCUCUGCCCACUUGCUGUUCCAUUGCCCUCUUCUCUUGCUAGCCCCGUGGUUUGUCCAUGGGAGCCAGAACUCAGAACCCCCCCUCAGCUCUGUCACGUACAGGAGAUGUGUUUGGCUGGGGGCAUUUACCUGCUUCAGGCAUAGCGGGUUUCAAAUCAAACCCUGCUGGUUUGCGAGAGCGAGAAGAGGGUCCCAGUUCUCUAGCGAUGUUGUAGGAACACCAGGCUGGCUGGGGAUGUGUCCUUCAAAGUUUCUCCCUCACUGCAAGACAAGAGCCUCUUGGCUAAAACUGCAAACAUAUCAGAAACCCAACAGGCUGCUUUUUUUUUUUUUCUUCUUUUUUUUUUUUUUUUCUUUUUAAUUCCUAUGCAGACAAUACUUGAAACCUUGUACACAGUUGUCCUUUCCAGCGCCUGGGGUUGGCAAACUCUUAAUAAAAGGGCUCAUUUAAAGAACAGCAGGAGACUUCAGCUUUAGAAGAGGCUGGGCUGCCCCUUCCCAGCCAACAACUGCAAGCGUGCUCAGUGGGUUGCGUAUGAGUUUAGGCACACCCAGACCCUCUGCUUCAACAUCCCUCUAGUACGACCGCUGUCUCCCUUCGGUGCUGGCUGGCUGACUGUGUCCCAAGCACCCAACUAUGCAAAGAAUGCCUUAUAUACGUUGUGUUUAAGUUACAUGGCAAUAUCUACAUCGAGCAAAGUCUAUAGUCGAGUCCAGGUUUUUUGCUAGUGGCGGCAAGUCAAACCAUUUCUUCAAUUCAAAUGGCUGUCUGGGUAUUUUUUACUUUUGUUUGUUUUGUUUGUUUGUUUUCUAUCUGAUGGUGGCUCUUAUACAAAGGACUGUAAUUGUAGUGGCUUGAAUCUGUAAAAAUUGCCUUUGUUUGGUCCAAUAAACCUUUGAAUAGUUUA